AUGCCGGCCGCCGGCCGCCUGCGGCCGAUCCAGCUGAUCCAGCUGACCGUGAUCCUGCAGCUGGCGCUCCGGGAGACGACGGAGGCCAUCCACCCAGACUGCGCUCUGGUGGCCCAGCACAUGAAGACUCAGGAGGAAUGCACCCGGGUCCUCAGGCGGGAGGAGAACAACCACUCUGCCAAAGCAGGCUGCUCCACGUUUUGGGACAACAUCCGCUGCUGGCACCGCGUGGACGUGGGCCGGGUGGUCCGGGUCUCGUGCGCCAACGUGUCGCUGCUCUUCACUAACAACGAAGGUUACAUCUACAGGAACUGCACUGAGGACGGCUGGUCCGACCUGUACCCUUCGUACGAGGAGGCCUGCGUGUUUGCAGAAGAUGAAGAAGAAGACCAAAAGACCACUUAUUUCUCCACCUUCAGACAGGUGUACACUGCUGGCUAUGCUACGUCCCUCAUCUCUCUGAUAACAGCUAUUUUUGUCUUCACUGCGUUCAGGAAGUUUCACUGCACCAGAAACUACAUCCACAUCAAUCUGUUCGUCUCGUUCAUUCUGAGAGCCAGCGCCGUUUUCAUCAAGGACAGGGUUCUUUUCUCUGAUGAGGACCUGGACCACUGCUUCAUGUCCACGGCGUCCUGCAAAGCGGCCGUGGCCUUCUUCCAUUUCUGCAUCCUGGCCAACUACUUCUGGCUGCUGGUGGAGGGCAUGUACCUGCAGACGCUGCUGGCGCUCACCUUUGUCUUCCAGAAGAAGUACUUCUGGGGUUACAUACUCAUCGGCUGGGGUUUGCCGCUGACCAUCAUCACAGCCUGGAUCCUCACUCGAAAUUUCUACGACAACAAGGGGUGCUGGGACGACAUGGAUGUGGCCUUCAUCUGGUGGAUCAUAAAGGCUCCCAUAACCGCAUCACUGCUGGUGAACUUUGUCAUCUUUGUCAACGUGAUCCGGAUCCUGGUCCAGAAGCUGAGGUCUCCCGGCGUCGGCGGCAAUGACGCCAGCCACUUCAAGCGGCUGGCCAAAUCCACCCUGCUGCUCAUCCCGCUGUUCGGAAUGCACUACAUGCUGUUCGCCUUCCUGCCAGAGACCAUGGGGGAAGACGCCCGGAUCCUGGUCGAGCUGGGUGUGGGCUCCUUUCAGGGCUUUGUCGUGGCUCUGCUCUACUGCUUCCUGAACGGAGAGGUGCAGGCAGAGCUGAAGAAGCGCUUCUGGAAGUGGCAGACCCAGAGCUACCUGAGCUACAGCAAACGGCGGCGCACCCUCUUCACCGAGAGCAGCACGGUCACCCAGAUCUCCGUUCUGGACAAGUCCAGCCCCAAAGACCGGGCAGCGGCGGCGGCAACAGCGGCGGCAGCCAGCAGCGUGUCGGCAGUGUGA